AUGCCACCCAUCCUAAUAUGGACAAAGCACUUUGGCUACUUCCGCGAUCAGGCUGGCUCUCCAUUGACUUUUAUCAUCCUUAUGGACUCCGAUCGGACAAAAGACCCCACUCUAACAAAAUUCAUCUGUUCCACACACGACGAGGUUGCUCGAUGGCAAAAAAUUUUCUCCGAGGGUUUCGACAACUUUGGCAAGCCAGAGGAGUCCGAAAUGGAAAGCAUGCAGAUGAAGGAGGGCGGGGGUGGGGGUGGAGGUGUCGAAAAGAUUCAGGGUGAAGCAACGAAGCAUCCAAGAGCCGACCUUCUCGCGAAUUUAGAACUCUGA